CCUCGACGUCGUCGUCGUUGUUCCUGAGCUGUUGUGGCUUGGCGCCCAGCUUACCUCUCUCACCUCUCGCUACCAGCCUUGCAAGAAGAGGAGGCAGAGAGCUCGACGACGACUCGAGCGACGGCUGCUUUCCCUCUCUUCCUUCUUUACCAACGACGAUACAGCGAUACCCUCCACUCAUCAUCCUCAUCAACACACUCCUUGUCCUCACCUCUCAUUGACACACCGGCUCGCCCUCGCAGGGCGCCACAUCUCCUUUCAUCUCAUCCCGCAAUGGGUCACCCAACUCGCAUUCUCGCAGCCCUCUGUCUCCUCUUCGGCGCCCAAUCCGCGCUUGCUCAGGUAUCCUCACCGUCGAGCGCCUGGCAGCCGGCCCCCUCUGCCUCAGGGACUGUCGUACCCUCCUCCUCCUCAGGUCCCAACUCCCAAUGGCUUGAAGUCCUUGGCUCCAACCUUUAUUACUAUGACGAGCAGCGAGCCGGAGUUCUUCCUGACGACUUUCGCGUCGACUGGAGGAACACGUCUGUCCUCACCGAUGGAGCGGUCGCGAAUGUCAACUUAAGCGCAGGCUUCUUCGAUGCAGGCAACUUCAUCAAAGCCCUCUUCCCCCUGACUUACACGCUAUCGUCCAUCAUCGAGUCGGCUCUCCUCUGGGGCGAGGCCUACUCCUCGUCCAGUCAGGCGUACUACCUCGACGAGACUCUGCGUAACGGCCUCGACUGGCUCAUGGAGGCCAGCUCGCAGACCGACACGCUCUACAUGUUCGUCGGCGACCAGACGGCCUACUGGGGUGGAGACCUCAACAUCCCGCAGCCACGACCCGUCUACUCGGUGACGAGGGAGAACCCGGGUACGGACGUCUUUGCCUCGACGGCAACUACCCUUGCUCUGGGCGCUCUGCUCUACUCGGGUAAAGCCUUGCCCCUCUCUCAGUCGGUCAACGGCACCCUACCAAGCUCGCUGCGCAACACCACAUACGCAGACAGCCUCUCCAAUCGCGCUGUGCAGCUCCUAGAGCUAGCCUUCGCAGCAACGCCGAUGCAAGUCUAUCAAAAAGCCGUUGAUGACAUCGCCUGGGCGUACCCCAGCACAGACUACGACGACGAGCUGAUUCUGGGCGCCGCCUACACAGCCAUGGCGACGGGGAACAUCUCGUGGGUGACGACUGCAAUCGACACGUACUCGACCAAUGCGUAUCCGCCCACAUUCGGCGCCCUGAACUGGGACUCGAAACGGCCCAUGGUACCGACAACCAUGGCACAGCUAGCCCUCUUCUUGCCCGGGGCAGACUCUCGCCUCUCCUUCACCAAGUUCCAAAACGACUCUGAGGUCUGGCUAGACGCCCUAGUCGCGGGAAAUAUGAAGGACACGCACACGACUCCUGGCGGUCUCUUCUGGUUCAAGGGCAACUCAGCCUCUGCAAGCCUCAACCCCGCCUUGAACGCCGCGGUCCUCUGCCUCAAGUACGCACCCAUGGCUUCUACCUCGGCCAAGACAGACGCCUACCGCCAAUGGGCACAAAAGCAGAUCGACUAUGCUCUGGGGAAGAACCCAAUGAAUACGGUGUAUCAAGUCGGACUUCACCCCAACUCGGCCUUUAAUCCACACUCAGCUCUUGCCUCGGGUGGGACAGACUUGGCGCGUAUCAACACCUCCCCUCCACAGGAGCUUCACGUCCUGUAUGGCGCGGUCGUGGGCGGGCCGGACGAGGAUGACAAGUACUACGACGUGCGCGACGACUAUGAUCAGUCCGAGCCUGCGCUGGACACUGUUGCGCCCAUGGUGGCGAUAUCUUCUUACUUCGUCGGCCAGGGCCAGUCGGCGAGCAACCCGUUCUUCGUGGGGCUUACGGCGCCUAGGAUCAUCCCAAAGAGGCCAAGCAGCGGGCUCAGUGGAGGCGCCAUUGCGGGCAUUGUCAUUGGCGUGCUACUGGGUGUUGCAUUGCUUGCUGUUCUUGGGUGGUUCUGCUGGAGGAAGAGGGGACGCAAUGCCUACAGGAGGAGGAAGAUGGGCUUGUGAAGCCCGCGACUAUUUCUAUGGCCUCUCUACUCUGCUUAUUCCGACGGACUCUGCCGCAUUCUUUUUGCCUUGCUGCUCCUUCUGACCAUUUUUCCGAUCAGCUGUACAUAUUCUUCGGUCAUAGACAUCCCCGUUGUUGUUAUUGCUGCUGUAAAAGAUCGAUGAUUCCCACGUACACAGCUUAGAGACUGGCUCGAUGCAACUGCCACGGACUCCCUAGGGCGGAGCAAAGGAUCGUGGCGGUGCAGCAAGGU